AUGGCGCAAGAAAAGAGCAGCGUGGUUUCUUUCCCCAAGAUCAAGAAUGUCAAGACCUUCAUCAUUCAAGGCGUGGGGUCCGGAGGCGAUUACCACAAUGUCAAGGGCGGCCACUGGCUGAUAGACUCCAAAAUCUCCACGCCAAUGUCCGGAUAUGAAGCUUACCGCAAAUCGAGGACGAGCUGGGGCAUCAACGUGCUAGGCUCUUUCUGCGUCGAGAUUGAGGCCAGCGACGGCACGAAAGGUUUCGCCACCGGGUUUGGCGGACCGCCAGCUUGCUGGCUGGUUGCAGAACACUUCCAAAGAUUCUUGAUUGGAGCAGAUCCACGGGAUACGAACCACCUCUUCGAGCAAAUGUACCGCGCAUCAAUGUUUUAUGGUCGCAAAGGUCUGCCGGUAGCCGUUAUAUCUGUCAUCGACCUCGCGAUAUGGGACUUACUGGGCAAGAUUCGCAACGAGCCUGUAUACAAGCUGAUUGGCGGCGCGACCAGGGAAAGGCUGAGCUUCUACUGUACAGGUCCAGAGCCCGGGGCUGUAAAGGAGAUUGGAUUCAGCGGUGCCAAAGUCGCGUUGCCCUACAGCCCUGGAGAAGGUCCUGAAGGGAUGAGGAAGAACGUGGAAUACCUUCGCCAGAAACGAGCAGAAGUCGGACCUGACUUCCCUCUGCGCGUCGACUGCUACAUGAGCCUGAACGUCCCAUACACAAUCGAGUUGGCGGAGAAAUGCAAGGACCUGGACAUCGACUGGUGGGAAGAGUGUCUCUCUCCUGACGACUUCGACGGACACGCCCUCAUCAAGCGCGCACACCCAACCAUCAAGUUCACGACAGGCGAGCACGAGUUCUCGAGGUAUGGCUUCCGUAAGCUCAUCGAGGGCCGUAAUCUGGAUAUCCUGCAGCCCGACGUAAUGUGGGUAGGCGGUAUGACUGAGCUGUUGAAGAUCUCAGCUAUGGCAGCGGCGUAUGACAUCCCAGUCGUCCCUCAUGCGAGUGGACCGUACUCGUACCACUUUGUCGUCUCGCAGUCCAACAGCCCAUUCCAGGAAUACCUGGCCAACUCGCCGGACGGGAAGAGCGUGCUGCCUGUAUUUGGCAACCUCUUCACCAACGAGCCGAUUCCAGUGAAGGGGUAUCUUGAUGUGUCAGUGCUUGACAAGCCAGGGUUUGGACUCGAAAUCAACCCGUCAGCACCGCUGAUUGAUGCGGCUGGUAUUUUGAAUCCCGCGCCUGCCAAAUCCUUGCCGCUGCCCUCACAGACGCAAGGUCAGGACGUUGAUGAUAAUGGCGGGAAAGGAGUCAACGGGGUUGCGUAA